AUGAGAAUGGACAACACAAAAGCUCAAACAAGAGGAAAAGGGAAAGCGACAUCUUCAAAUUCGUCGGUCGGAAUCGAGCGGUCAGCUAGGUGGGAGGAAAUGGUGGCACAAAUGGCACAAUUGAGUACAACUUUGGAGAAACAUAUGUCAGAAACGGUCGGACUCACAGAAUAUUCGUUGUUGAUGCAAGAUGUGAGGCACCUGGACCCCGAAGAUCAGGAGGCGGCUAAAGUUGUGAAGGCUUCGAUUCGUGAAAAAUAUAAGCUCAAUCACAAUUGA